AUGCAAUCUCAUCAGAGCACCCCGCCCUUUGCGGCGGAUGAACCGGCGCCCAAGCGGGCGAAGAGGCCACGCGCCGCGCAGGCUUGCGACCGAUGCAGGACGAAGAAGUAUAAGUGCGAUGAGCAGUAUCCGUGCUCGCAUUGUAAAAAGAGCCAGCUGAAUUGUGUGUAUCAGGGGAAUUAUCGGGAACGGGAAAGUAACCGGUCUGCAAGCUAUGUUGCCGACCUCGAGAAAAAGGUCGAAGAGCUAGCUUCGAGGCUACGGAAUGCCGAAGCUCGAACCACAGCAUCACCACAAUCAACAAAAAUACCAAUAUCACAGCCCCCAGCACCAACAGGAAUAGAGAAUACUCCAUGCUCAAUGCCCCGAACGGGAUCUACACCCCAGGAACCCACCAGACUACCAGGUAACGCAGUGACACAUGAAGAGUCUGCCGAAAGCGCAGACGACGAAAUCAAGGAAUUAAACCACCACACAAACGGCAUCGAGUUCUACGGCAGUACAUCAUCAGCAGCAAUCAUCGGCCAUUUGAAAAAGGCACGAGACCCCAAGAGCAACGAGGAACCGUAUCCCGGGCCAGCGGAACUCUCGCUAAUUUCCACGCUACAUAACUCAAGUUUCUCACCGUCUUGUUCUAUCGGACCGACUGCUGCGAUUGAGCAGCAGAACUAUUACUUUGACCAGGCCCACGUGUUUAUGAAUGGGUAUUUUGAGAAUAUCCAUUUCAUCCACCCAUUCAUCGAUAAAGAGGAUUUCCUAAUACGUGCCAAUGACCUCUGGUUCAACCGUGCACAUACACCGGAACCGAGCUUCGUCGCUCUCUACUUGAGUGUGUUAUCUUUUGGUGCAUUGGUGCGCGUCUGGGAUGAAGAUAAGCUGGCCGGCCUAGGACGCUUUGAGUGGAGCCGGAAAUUGUUUGGCGAGGCACAGGCUUAUCUGAACUAUUUACGAUUUUCAAAUGACCUUGAAACGGUGCAAUGUCUUUAUAUGAUGGCCAAGAUCUGCCAGAACGAACUGAAUCCGAAUUUGGCCUAUAUGUACCUGGGUCUGGCGGUGCGCACAUGUCUUUCCGCUGGGUUCAAUCGAGAGGUGGAGUGUCCCAAAGACCCUCGUUCGAGCUGGAUCUCGAAGACUUGGUGGGGCAUGUUCUCGCUGGAAAUAGAAAUGAGCUUUUCUGUUGGGCGACCAGAUACUCUCGGAAUGGACGAAUAUCACAAUAGAGCCAUUCCAGAUCGUGAUGACACCGAAUACGCCAUCAUCCCCUGGAUGAUUGACUUUGCCCAGAUUAUACGCCGAGUAUCUGUCCAGAUCUACCAUUCACGCAUCACACUUCAAGAGAAACUUCAGUUGGCUCUUCAGAUCGAAAUGGAGAUGGAUCGUUGGCUUGCAAGGCUGCCAGAGAGAAUCAAGCCGGAUAUCGGUGCUUACAGGCUUUCGCAGAGCGCACUUCGUGAUCCCAAGUGGGCUAGACGGCAACGGCUUGUCCUGGGUAUUCGAUACUAUAACGUGAAGAUGCUUUUAUUCCGACCAUUCCUGAGUCAUUUCACCCGGAAACUCCGACAUCCACCCAAUGAAUUGGAAGAAACGAUUGCCAAGUGUUUAGACGCGGCCAUGAAGACAAUCGAGGUGAUCCACGACAUCUACCGAGUACACACAUUCUUCCGAUGCUGGUGGUACAACACAACCUACGUGAUGUUCGCCACAUCCACCCUCCUCCUCCCCAUGUCCAAACUCGGCAUGUGCACCGACACCAUGCCCCUCCUCCGCUCCGUCGAAAUGGGCGUGGAAAUCCUUGAGUCAAUGGAUGAAUCCGUCGUAGCCCGGAAAUCAGUAGAGAUUAUCCGUCAGUACCUACGCGAUUUCAGAGCCUCCGGUGCGCAGCAGCCUGCAUCCGGAGGACCCGGUGAUGGAACUGAGGGAUUGCCGCCAUCUGCGGAAGCAGGGGCUGGUGGGCAGUCUGGGUUUGAAAUUCCGGAGUGGGCUUAUGGCUUUGGGUUCCCGGAUUAUUCCUUUGAGGGUAUUGCGAGGCUGCUUGAUGAUAUUGGGGGGUUGCCUAUGCUGGAUGGGGAUUAA